AUGAGAUAUUUCUCUCAUCUUCGUCCAUGCACCACCACCACCCACGCUACAAUGCUCAGUUCAAUCCUUCCCAUAAACUCUUUCAACUUUUCUCACAAACCCAUUUCCCUCGAAGACUCUUUUCAAUCCCUAACCCAUUUUUUCACCCACCCAUCAUCAUUCCCUCUUCAACAAGCUUAUUCUCAAGCUCUCGACCUCUGCGCUUCCCAAAAAGCUCUUUCUCAAGGCCAACAGUUACAUGCCCGUUUCCUCAAAACCCAAAACUCCCUCGAUUCUCUCUUUCUAAACACCAAGUUUGUCCACAUGUACGGAAAAUGUGGCUCCUUUCUUGAUGCAGAGAAACUGUUCGACAAAAUGACUGAACGAACUAUUUUCACUUGGAAUGCAAUGAUAGGUGCGUCAGUGUCAAGUGGUAGAUAUUUUGAAGCGAUUCAAUUGUAUAAAGAGAUGCGGGGUCUUGGGGUGUCACUUGACGCUUUUACUUUUCCUUGUGUGCUCAAAGCGUGUGGUGCUCUUAAUGAGAGGCGUUUGGGGUGUGAAAUUCAUGGUUUUGCUGUUAAGUGUGGUUAUGGUGCUUUUGUUUUUGUGUGUAAUGCACUUAUUGCUAUGUAUGCUAAAUGUGGCGAUCUUGGUGGAGCUAGGAUGUUGUUUGAUAGUGUUUUGGUUGAGAAAGAGGAUCCUGUUUCGUGGAAUUCUAUUAUUUCUGCACAUGUUUAUGAGGGUCAGUGCUUUGAGGCGUUGUCUCUUUUUAGAAGUAUGCAGGAGGUUGGCGUUGAGAUUAAUUCAUACACUUUUGUUUCGGCUCUACAAGCUUGCGAAGAUCCAACCUUUAUUAAAAUGGGUAUGGGGAUACAUGCUGUUAUUUUGAAAUCUAACUUUAUCACUGAUGUGUAUGUUUCCAAUGCUUUGAUUGCUAUGUAUGCAAAAUGUGGUGAAAUGGAGGAUGCUGAAAGAGUUUUUAAAAGUAUGCUUUAUAAGGAUAUUGUAUCAUGGAAUACGCUGCUUUCGGGUAUGGUCCAAAAGGAUCUAGAUAGUGAUGCUCUAAACUACUUUCGGGAUAUGCAAGAUUCUGGUCAACAGCCUGAUCAGGUGUCAGUUCUAAACAUGAUUGCAGCAUCGGGCAGAGCGGGAAAUUUAUUGACUGGGAUGGAAGUCCAUGCUUAUGCAAUAAGAAAUGGAAUAGAUUCUAAUAUGCAUAUUGGGAACACCCUGAUAGAUAUGUAUGGGAAGUGUUGUUGUGUUAAAUAUAUGGGCAAUGUUUUUGAGUAUAUGUCCGAGAAGGACUUGGUUUCUUGGACUACAAUUAUUGCUGGCUAUGCACAAAAUGAAUGCCAUAUGGAAGCCUUUAAUCUGUUGAGGAGGGUCCACUUAGAAAGGAUGGAUGUUGAUCCUAUGAUGAUUGGAAGCAUUUUGAUGGCUUGUAGUGGGUUGAAAUCUGAAAAACUCAUCAAAGAAAUUCAUGGUUACGUUUUGAAAAGAGGUUUAGCUGAUAUUUUGAUGCAAAAUGCCAUUGUCAAUGUAUACGGAGAAAUCACACUCAUAGAUUAUGCAAGACAUGUGUUUCAAUCAAUUAACUCCAAAGAUGUCGUGUCUUGGACAAGUAUGAUUACUUGUUGUGUUCAUAAUGGACUUCCAAUUGAAGCUCUUGAACUUUUCCACUCUUUGAAAAAAACUAAUAUUGAACCUGAUUCGAUAACACUUGUCAGCGUACUAUCUGCGGCUGCUGCUUUAUCUUCAUUGAAGAAAGGGAGGGAGAUUCAUGGAUUUCUGAUUAGGAAAGGUUUCUUCCUUGAGGGAUCACUUGCUAACUCCCUGGUGGACAUGUAUGCUCGGUGUGGAACCGUGGAGAACGCAAGAAAUAUAUUCAGCUAUGUUAGACAAAGAGAUCUAAUUUUGUGGACUUCUAUGAUUAAUGCAAAUGGAAUGCAUGGUUGUGGAAAGGAUGCCAUUGAUUUAUUCAACAAAAUGACUGAUGAAAAUGUUCUUCCUGAUCACAUAACCUUCUUGGCUUUAUUAUACGCUUGCAGUCAUUCAGGGUUAGUAGUUGAAGGUAAGAGACUUUUUGAAAUAAUGAAAUAUGAAUAUCAAUUGGAGCCCUGGCCAGAGCAUUAUGCUUGCCUGGUUGAUCUCCUUGGUCGAUCCAAUUCUCUGGAAGAGGCUCACCAUUUUGUGAAAAACAUGCCUAUUGAACCUUCUGCCGAGGUCUGGUGUGCUCUUCUUGGGGCUUGCCGUAUUCAUUCAAAUAAAGAAUUAGGAGAGGUUGUUGCGAAGAAGCUCUUACAAUUAAACACAGUGAAUUCAGGAAAUUAUGUUCUGGUAUCAAACACUUUUGCAGCAGAUGGAAGAUGGAAUGAUGUGGAAGAAGUUAGGUUGAGAAUGAAGGGAGUUGGAUUGAAAAAGAAACCAGGAUGCAGUUGGAUUGAGGUUGAGAAUAAGAUUCACACCUUCAUGGCAAGAGACAAGACUCAUCCACAGCGUGAUGAAAUUUAUCUAAAAUUGGGCCUGCUUACAAAAGUUUUGAAAGAAAAAGGUGGUUAUGCGGCUCAAACGAAGUUGGUAUUCCACGAUGUUUGUGAAGAAGAGAAAACACAGAUGCUUUAUGGGCAUAGUGAAAGGUUGGCACUUGGUUAUGGUCUGCUUGUUACCCCUAAAGGUACUUCUCUUCGGAUCACAAAGAACCUUCGGAUUUGUGAUGAUUGCCAUACAUUCUUUAAGAUUGCGUCUGAAGUCUCCCAACGGACCCUUGUUGUAAGGGAUGCCAGUAGGUUCCAUCAUUUUGAAAGAGGGCUUUGUUCAUGUGGAGAUUUCUGGUGA